AAGAAUAUAAAAAGAAAUAUUCUAUUAUCUUAUUCAAAAGAAUUGAGUGAUGACAUUUCAAAUAUGCAUAUGAUAAGAAGUAUUAUCGUCUGACUUUUAAGUUAAUUUACUUGAAGAAUGAUAAAGUUUAAGUUCAUAAAUACGCGAACACAAGUCAUACAUCAAGAACAUGUCUUAGUAAUAUUAUCUUAUGGUCUAUAUUAUCUGCAUAUUUACAGUGUUUUUAAUUUUAUCGCGAUGUACGCGCAGCAGCCAGUCGCAGAAUCACUUUCAUGGUGCGUGUAUCACAGUAAAAUAAUCUAAUUUCUACUUCUACAAGUUAAUUAUUCGUAGUUAGACAAGAAAGUUCGGAAUAUAACCAAAAAUUACUUCUCCUGCUGCAAAUAAUUAGGAGCAGGAUACAUAUUGCAAUGGAGCCGUCUACGUGGCUUUUGACAAUUCUUACAAAAGAUAUUUCAAAAUACAUGUGCAAUCUUUUCCGCCUCUCUAUAUACACCCACCGAUGGCGAUAUCAAUGGCUAUGCAAAAAGCAGAUUCCGCGCGAUUCACGAUAUGUCGACACACCAAGUUGCGAUUAUAAACAGCGAGCAGCAGGAAGUAGCAAUGCACGUCGAUCCGUAAAGAUGAAUGGCGGUUGGUUAUAUAAGCAAUUACAUAUGCUUGCCUUGAUGCUCUACUCGUGCGAACAGCAUACAUGGUCGAUCACGGUAAACCCAAUAUUUCAAUGUUUACUUGUCGAGAUUUAUGACAACAUAUGUGGAAGAAACACUCUUCUAACUGAUAUCACGAGUGCUCUAUAUUCUGAAUUUCAAGGCCUUACAUUUUCAACCGUGAACUCAACGGAAAAAAUCAUAAAAAUAAUAUUUUUCUAUAUUCACAUAUCUUCCGACAAUAUUAUUAUAUUCAAUUUUGAAGUCAUAUAUCAUUUAUAUCAUUUAGUCAUUUAAUGAUUGAAUUCUGUUUUUGAGAUGUACGCUAUUUUACAAAUUAAAUUUUAUAAAAUUACGAUGAAAGCAUAAUAAUUAAACAUCCAUUAUACAUCAUUCAGUAAAUAACAUGUAUAAUAAUAUUGUAUGUGCACACUGUCAUAAUAAAUGUUGUACGUG